CAAAACACAAAAGACUUAGAAAUCCCAUAUCUUUCUAGGGAGCAGCAUCUCAUCUCUUUUAAUCUGUCUGUACCUUCAGUGCAGCGUGUUCAUGCAUACUCAAGCUUAGUCUUACAUGCUGAUAACCCCUCUAAAAGUAGCCCCCUGCCUAUUUCCUCUCUGAUCCGAGUCAGAUAAGAGAGGAAUUCCGUUCUGCCUUCUUUCACUCCGACAGCUUCUCCUUACACGUGCCGUUCAGGCGGAGCACGCGAUCCUGACACGCUCUCUGUGCGAGCCUUGGAGACUCUGUCUCCCAGCCCCUACUGCUCUGUCUUCAUUCUCCCUCCAGAGAUUUUCACAGCUACACACAAUCAGGAGACACACUACAUGUUGCAGCCACUCUCCCGUUGCUUGCACAGCCAGUUGUUUUUCGUUUUUUAACCAGACUGAAAGUCCAGAUUAAAGGCAUUUUAGAACCUUUUCAAGGACAUGUUGCACCGGAGGAAGAAUGGAGCUCGGCAAAGGUGACGACCGCGAGAGGAUGCUUCUGCUCGGUUUGGCCUCGAGCCCCAAUCACGAGCUUCAAGACCUCCGACGCAAAGGGAAGGUCGUCUUCCAGAAGACGCUUGGACGAUGUUUAAACACUACUGACAGAGGGGCAAGCUAUGCUAUCAGCACACGGGCCCCUUCCUCUGGCGACGCACCUCCGCUUUGGUCAGAAAGCCCCUCCCUCUCCAGACAGUCCCUCCCCCAGUCCGGCGCUCUGUCCUGGCAAGCUGCGAUUACUGCGGCGAGAAACGCCAGAGCCGACGGCACCCAGACCAUAACUACAUCGGACAGUGCUCCGGUCGGCUCGCUGUCGCAGCGGAAGAGGCAGCAGUAUGCCAAGAGCAAGAAGCAGGGUAGCGCCACCAAUAGCAGGCCUCCACGGGCACUCUUCUGCCUCACCCUCAACAACCCGAUACGCAGGGCCUGCAUCAGCCUGGUGGAGUGGAAACCCUUUGAUAUCUUUAUAUUGUUGUCUAUUUUUGCCAACUGCGUGGCCUUAGCUGUUUACAUCCCCUUCCCUGAAGAUGAUUCCAACUCGACUAAUCAUGACCUGGAGACAGUAGAAUAUGCCUUCCUGAUCAUUUUUACUAUCGAGACCUUUCUGAAGAUCAUAGCCUACGGACUCGUAAUGCACCAGAACUCCUACGUAAGAAACGGCUGGAACAUGCUGGAUUUCAUAAUAGUCAUAGUGGGGCUGUUCAGCGUGGUCCUGGAGCUGAUGACCAAAGAGGGAGAUUCAGGUCAGUCCGGAGGAAAGCCGGGUGGCUUUGAUGUCAAAGCUCUGCGAGCGUUCCGCGUUCUCCGACCGCUCCGACUUGUCUCAGGAGUGCCCAGUUUACAGGUUGUGCUGAACUCCAUUAUUAAAGCCAUGGUUCCUCUGCUGCACAUCGCUCUGCUCGUGCUCUUCGUUAUCAUUAUCUACGCCAUCAUUGGUCUGGAGCUUUUCAUCGGGAAGAUGCACGCUACCUGUUACAUGAAUGGCACACGUACGUUAGCAGAGGAAGACCCCAGCCCUUGUGCACUAUCGGGUCAUGGACGCAAAUGUACAGUUAAUGGCAGCACGUGUAGAGACGGUUGGCAGGGGCCCAACAACGGCAUCACCAACUUUGACAACUUCCUGUUUGCAAUGCUGACUGUGUUCCAGUGCAUCACCAUGGAGGGCUGGACGGAAGUGCUGUAUUGGAUGAACGAUGCCAUGGGUUUUGAGCUGCCAUGGGUCUACUUCGUCAGUCUGGUCAUCUUUGGUUCCUUCUUCGUCCUUAAUCUCGUUUUGGGUGUUCUCAGUGGAGAGUUCUCUAAGGAGCGUGAGAAAGCUAAGGCACGCGGAGACUUCCAGAAGCUGCGAGAGAAGCAGCAGCUGGAGGAGGACUUAAAAGGCUAUCUGGACUGGAUCACUCAGGCCGAAGAUAUCGACCCGGAGAACGAAGAGGAUGGAGACCAAGAGGGGAAACGCAACCGGGUGACGAUGGCCGAUCUCACCCAGGAGAAGAAGGCAGGAAAGUCGGGCUGGUUCAGUCAGUCCACAGAGACUCAGGCGAGUAUGCCAACCAGCGAGACUGAGUCUGUUAACACAGACAGUCCAAAUGGAGACGUUGAUAAGAUCUGCUGUUGUGGACCAGUCUGUCAAAAAAUUACUAAGUCAAAGUUCAGGUCAGUAAACAACCGUAGCUGGCGGCGCUGGAAUAGAUUUUGUCGCAGGAAAUGCAGAGCAGCGGUGAAAUCGACCACGUUCUACUGGCUGGUCAUUGUCCUGGUGUUUCUCAACACUCUCACCAUAUCCUCUGAACACUACAACCAACCAGUCUGGCUUACUGAAGUACAAGAUGUCGCCAACAAAGUUUUGCUGGCCAUGUUCACUUGUGAGAUGCUGAUUAAGAUGUACAGCCUGGGUCUACAGGCGUACUUCGUGUCUCUGUUCAACCGAUUUGACUGUUUCGUGGUGUGCGGAGGCAUUGUGGAGACCAUUCUCGUAGAGCUGGAGAUCAUGCCACCUCUCGGCAUCUCCGUGUUCCGUUGUGUCCGUCUACUCCGGAUCUUUAAAGUCACCCGUCACUGGGCAUCUCUGAGCAACUUAGUUGCCUCUCUGCUGAACUCCAUGAAGUCCAUCGCCUCGUUGUUACUGCUGCUCUUCCUCUUCAUCAUCAUCUUCAGCCUGCUUGGCAUGCAGCUGUUUGGUGGAAAAUUCAACUUUGACGAAACAAUGCUCAAACGGAGCACCUUUGACAACUUCCCUCAGGCCUUGCUCACUGUCUUUCAGAUCCUGACAGGUGAGGACUGGAACACAGUGAUGUAUAAUGGGAUCAUGGCAUAUGGAGGCCCUUCUUCUUCAGGCAUGAUGGUGUGCAUCUAUUUCAUCAUUCUUUUCAUCUGCGGAAACUACAUCCUGCUUAACGUCUUUUUGGCCAUUGCUGUGGACAACCUGGCUGAUGCGGAGAGCCUGAACUCAGCACAAAAAGAGGAAGAGGAAGAGAACAAGAGGAAGAAGAGAGCCAGGAAAAGUAGCAUGCAGAGAAAGGAAGAUGAUAAAGAGGGUGAAGAUGGAGGAACUAAGGUUGCAUUAGAAGAGGACACAGGAGAUGAAGAACGAGAGGCUGUUAAUUCUACAGAGGUGGAUGAUGACCCAGAUGUGCCAUCAGAACCCCGUCCCCAGAGGCUGUCAGACUUUAGCCUCAAAGAGAAGGUCCAGCCAAUUCCUGAGGGAACCGCUUUCUUCAUUUUUAGCCACACUAAUCCAUUCCGUAUGGGCUGCUAUCGCCUGAUCAACCACCAGAUCUUCACCAACAUUACCCUCGUCUUCAUCAUGCUCAGCUCCUUCUCGCUGGCAGCCGAGGACCCCAUUCGGAGCACCUCAUCACGGAACAUCAUUCUUGGUUAUUUUGACUAUGCCUUCACAGCUAUCUUUACAGUAGAGAUCCUACUGAAGGUCCUAGGCUAUGCCGAUUAUGUCUUCACUAGUAUAUUUACCUUUGAGAUCAUAUUAAAGAUGACGGCCUAUGGUGCGUUCUUGCACAAAGGAGCAUUCUGCAGAAACUACUUCAACCUGCUGGACUUGCUAGUUGUUGGAGUCUCUUUGGUGUCGUUUGGCAUACAGUCCUCAGCCAUCUCUGUUGUAAAGAUUCUAAGAGUAUUGCGAGUGCUUCGUCCUCUUCGAGCCAUCAACAGGGCCAAAGGACUGAAACACGUGGUGCAGUGUGUGUUUGUGGCCAUCAGAACCAUCGGCAACAUCAUGAUCGUCACCACUCUGCUGCAGUUCAUGUUCGCCUGUAUUGGGGUGCAGCUCUUUAAGGGGAAGUUUUACCGCUGUACAGACGACGCCAAAUCCAGUGAAGCAGAAUGCAAGGGGACAUUCAUACUGUACAGUAUUGGUGAUAAUGCACUGCCACAAGUGCGGGAGAGAAAGUGGUUAAACAGUGACUUCAACUUUGACAAUGUUCUGCAUGCUAUGAUGGCUCUCUUUACUGUGUCGACCUUUGAGGGCUGGCCAGACCUCCUAUACAAAGCUAUAGACUCAAACCGAGAAAACAUGGGGCCCAUUUACAACUACCGCAUCGAGAUCUCGAUCUUCUUCAUCAUCUACAUCAUCAUCAUCGCCUUCUUUAUGAUGAACAUCUUUGUGGGUUUUGUCAUCGUCACCUUCCAGGAGCAGGGAGAGAAAGAGUACAAAAACUGUGAACUGGACAAGAAUCAGCGUCAGUGUGUGGAGUAUGCUUUGAAAGCUCGUCCGUUGCGCAGAUAUAUUCCAAAGAACCACUACCAGUAUAAGUUCUGGUACGUGGUAAAUUCCACUGGUUUUGAAUAUGUCAUGUUCAUUCUCAUCAUCCUCAACACACUCUGCCUGGCCGUACAGCAUCAUGGCCAGUCUCACCGCUUUAAUUAUGCCAUGGACAUCCUCAACAUGAUGUUCACAGGAGUAUUUACAGUGGAAAUGAUUCUCAAACUCAUCGCCUUCAAACCUAGGGGUUAUUUUGGCGAUGCCUGGAAUGUGUUUGAUGCCCUGGUCGUGAUUGGCAGCGUAGUACACAUCAUUCUGAGUCAGGUAGAUCAGACCGAAGCUCCUGUAGUGGCAGUGGAGCGAGGGAACACUGAGGAUAGCGGACGAAUUUCCAUCACAUUCUUUCGUCUGUUUCGAGUCAUGCGUUUGGUCAAGCUGCUGAGCAGAGGAGAGGGCAUUCGGACACUACUAUGGACUUUCAUCAAGUCAUUUCAGGCUCUGCCGUAUGUCGCUUUGCUGAUAGCCAUGCUCUUCUUCAUCUACGCAGUAAUCGGGAUGCAGGUGUUCGGGAAGAUUGCCUUGAUGGAUGGCUCGCACAUUAAUCGCAACAACAACUUCCAGACUUUUCCACAAGCUGUCCUCCUGCUGUUUAGGUGUGCUACAGGAGAGGCUUGGCAGGAAAUUAUGCUGGCAUGUUUGCCUCUUAAACAGUGUCACUCUGAUUCUGAAAUCACGCCUGGAGAGGAGAAAUCAUGUGGCAGUGGUUUUGCAAUCAUUUACUUCAUCAGCUUCUAUAUGCUCUGUGCUUUUUUGAUCAUCAAUUUGUUUGUGGCCGUCAUCAUGGACAAUUUCGACUACCUGACACGCGACUGGUCAAUCCUCGGCCCACAUCACUUGGAUGAAUUCAAGAGGAUUUGGUCUGAAUAUGACCCAGAGGCCAAAGGCAGGAUUAAACACUUGGAUGUUGUGACAUUAUUGCGAAGGAUUCAGCCACCACUGGGAUUCGGUAAACUUUGCCCACAUAGGGUGGCAUGUAAGAGGCUGGUUGCCAUGAACAUGCCUCUAAACAGCGACGGUACUGUCAUGUUUAAUGCCACCCUUUUUGCUCUGGUCAGAACAGCUCUGAAGAUCAAAACUGAAGGAAAUUUGGAACAAGCCAAUGAGGAACUGAGGUCUGUCAUCAAGAAGAUCUGGAAGAGAACUAGUUCAAAACUCCUGGAUCAAGUGGUCCCACCUGCAGGAGAUGAUGAAGUAACAGUGGGGAAGUUCUAUGCCACAUUCCUGAUACAGGACUACUUUAGGAAAUUCAAGAAACGCAAAGAGCUAGGCCUUGUGGGCCGGAACCCUUCCAGUCAUAACACCGCCAUUGCGCUACAGGCUGGUCUGCGGACACUGCAUGAUAUAGGCCCUGAGAUUCGCAGAGCCAUAUCCUGUGACCUACAAGAUGAAGACCUGGUAGACUUUAACCCAGAUGAAGAAGAAGAUAUCUAUCGGAGAAAUGGUGGCCUUUUUGGAAACCACGUCAAUCAUGUCAACGGGGAUCACAGAGGCUCAUCCACGUCCACUAACGUCACCCAGCGCCCCCUCCACGUCCCACCCCUUCCCUUCUAUGUUCAUGUUGAGCCUCCUCCACAGCCCCUUUACUCGCAAAACCGCCCAUAUUCAAACCCUAACUUGUACUUUAAGUCCCCUAAGUCCUCAAACUCCAACCUCAACAAUGCCAAUGUGCCAUGCAUGCCUGUCCUGACCAACGGAGGGCAGUACCGCCCUCAUACAGAUCGGCCCACCAGAAGCCGGGUGUCUUCCCUGGGUUCCUACCUCAACCUCAGGAGUGAUUUAGAAUCACAGCGAAAGUCUCAUUUUAAGAGACCACGAUACUAUGAGACCUAUAUUAGGUCAGACUCAACAGCUGGUUUUUACCCCACCAUCUGCCGCCAAGCCUCUGUCCACGGUGAUGUAAUUGACGAUGAUAGAGCUUCAGUGGAGUAUUACAGUGGGGAGGAGUUUCAGGAGGAGGACCUCAUGCUGGCUGGUGACAGGAGGUCAUACAGAGAGUAUCAGGACACGGUGAGCAGUUUGGAGUCAAACCCUCCUCAUGAGAACCAAGACCCUGAGUGUUUUUAUGAUGAUGAUGAGCAGCCCAUUUGCCAGGAACCUAAGAAAUCGCAGAUGAGAAGGCUUCUGCCCUCGACACCUCAGGUUCCUCGUAGACCUUCCUUCAACUUUGAGUGUCUGUGCAGACAAAGAAGCCAGGAUGAGGCUCCUCAUUCUCCAUCAGUUCAUCAGCACACUGCACUACCUCUGCAACUAAUGCAGCAUCAGGUGAUGGCUGUAGCCGGUCUAGACUCCAGCCGAGCACGACUCUCUCCUACACGCUCGAUCCACUCAUGGUCCACGCCCCCGGACACGCCCCCAUCCUACACCCCUCUCAUCCAGGUGGACUGGCAUGGAGCUCCACCCAGUGCCAGCAGCACUCCAGCAUUGGCUCGCCGCAGCUCCUGGUACACCCAGAAGGGCCAUGAUUGGUCACCCAAAUCGGUCACACCCACUUCCUCCCUCUUACAGAUCCCACCUGCCUACAGCAGUCAGUAUCUGCAGCAGAGAGGCAGCGCUCAUAGUCUGGUGGAGGCAGUGUUGAUAUCGGAGGGACUGGGAAAAUAUGCAAAGGACCCAAAUUUUGUGGCAGCAGCCAAACACGAGAUCGCAGACGCAUGCGAGAUGACUAUUGAUGAAAUGGAAAGCGCAGCAAGCAACUUGCUAAAUGGAAGUCUGGGCAAUAGCAUGGGAUCAGACGGCACCGGCACGCCCCAGAGCAUCAUAGGCCACAGUCUCCACAACUACAGCGAUGAGGAGGCGGAGCCAAACAGUAAAUACGAAGAGGACCUCGCAGACGAAAUUAUAUGCAUCUCAAAUUUAUAGCAUUUGCUAAAAAUAAAACAAAAAACAAAAAAAAGAACAAACAGUUGAAAGAAGAAAUAGUGCCUUCUAGGGGGGUGGAGACUAACAACUCUCUGGGCCGAUCAACCAAGCAAAAUUCUAUCCCAUUUCUACAGCUGUCACCUUACUGGGACAUGGGCUUGCUGCAGGAAAAAAUUUGACACAAGAAAUGUGAGCUCUCAACUGUAUGUGUGUGUGUAUGUAUGUAUGUGCGUGUGUGCGCAUGUUUGAUUCUCAACAGCUUUUUACAAGAAUAUUUUUCCACAUUCUUUACAUAUCAACCAAAAAGAAAAACAUCUUUUCGCAGUCAUAUCCCUCUCCAUUGCCUUACCCACAUACAAACAAGCUAGUAAUUAGCUUCAAUACACUGCCAUUUAUUGUACAUUCCCAGUGUCACUCAAAACGAGUCAACAGAACAGCCAGAUAAAACCGUUAAGCAAUAUCACCCCGUAAGCAUAUUAUCAAACUUGAAAAUGCACAUCUUUUACUGCGUAUGCAUAAAGGAGAACCUGACAACACAGCAAAAGGUCUACUCAAGUUUCUCCCUGCAAUUACACACUAUGUUCUAUAAUAAAUAAAAAACAUGGGAUUAGCACAAACACAGUAAUCUUACACCCUGAAGUUAAAAGUAUUUAUGGAUAACAUUUCAAUCGAGCCAUGAUUUGAGCCAGUGUGUAUGCAAAAUGCACACGAUAUGCAGAAGAUCCACUCUGGUCUGAUAUUAUAUGUUUAAAUUGUAUAUAAGUAAAAUAAGUAGA